UCAGAAGCGAGCGAGUCACCGUAUCAGACAGAACGCUCCUGCGUAAUAUACGCUCUGAGUUAACAUUUCUGGUUUUAUUGACUUACGAAGACCACCCGCUUACCAUGUCGCUACCCGAAAGUGGAAAUACUCCAACAUCAGAAGAGGGAACACCACGUGACGAACAACGGCCUAAUGACGUAAUUCAAGCUAUGGCAGACGCAUUUAAAACCACGAUGAACGAUAUGAUGACUCAACUGUCUUACGAUCAUCGCGUAACCUUGACUGAAAUGAUCGGCACCAUGAAAUCAGAAAAAAAUACGCGAGUGCGCAUUGCCGACGUUUAUUUUCCUACAUAUGACCCCGAUUCUAGUACCGAUGUACACGAUUGGGUAGAUCUUAUUACACGUACUCAAGCAGAAUAUGGACUUCGAGAUCAUGAGGUACGAUUAAAAGCAGCAAGUGUAUUAAAAGGUCGUGCAAAGACAUGGGCAGAUAGUAGCCUCCUAAGGACAACAACCUGGACGGAAAUGCGGGAUGACAUGUUGCAAACUUUCGAACCCGAAUCCAGGUACUUUGCAGAUAUUCUGAGUUAUAGAAAUUACACCAUUGACGAGGCAGAAAACAUUCAAGAUUUUAUUUCAAACGUGUGGCGUAUGUUCAAAAGGAUAGUAAAACCUCAUCCAACGGAACAGGAUGCAGUAGAAUUUGUCAUUGGGAGCAUUGGAGAUGAACGGAUUCGGACAGAACUGCUCAAUAGCAAGUCAAAUACUGUUCCGGAGUUAAUUGCUAUAGCCAAAACGUUUCGCAAACGAAAGAAUAUACCAACUAAACCGACUGAGUUCAGUAAGCAACCUCGUUUGAACUUUAAUCGUGAUAGAUCCAACUUGACUUGUCAUGUUUGUGGAAAAACAGGUCAUUUUGCUGGAUAUUGCCCGGAAAAUGCAAUUCGACGUGGAACGUUUUCAGCAUCAGGAUCAGGAGCUUCUUUCUCAUCAAGAGAUUCGCCGGUACCAUCCAUUAAGGAGUGUUCCUACUGUAAAGGGACUCGACACACUACAGAAAGAUGUUUUAAAAGAAUUGCUGACGAACAACACAGUAAAAGAGUGAAUCUAUGACGGAGUACUGAGACUAAGGCACAUAUUAAUGCCUUCAUGAUAAAGACUGAACAAAACAAAUUGGAAGAGCGAGGCAGAUUUUUCUGCCAUAGAAAUCUGUAUUGUGGCUUUCGGGACAAAGAAAAAAUACAUCGAAGUGUUUGAAAGGAAUCUGUCCAGUCCCGACUUACUCUCACGCACAAUUAAUUAAUCUGAUUCAGUGAAAUCAUCAGAGAAAGGCUUUCGACAAACAAAGUGACCUCUGGGGAACUGAAUAUUUCAUUUAAAUAAUGUUGUGGAACAGCGGCCCUACAAAAUGAACUAGUAGAAAUAAAAAUACUCUACUUCUACAUAAUGCCCCGUUCGUAUACCAGAAAUUCACUAAAAGUACUGAUAGAAGAAGCGACUCUGAUUUACUUGGAUAGCCUCCUUAUGCUUGGAAGAUUGGUAGAAGAAACUUUACAAAGAUUGUACUAAGUACUUUGGGCCGAAUGGCACCACUACGGGAAUUGAAAAAAUCAGGAACGAAAUGGAUAUGGACUGCCUCUCACGAAGCAACAAGAUUAAACAUAAUCGAUUACCGUACCUGCGCGCUGCUUCAUACCAUGUUCAAAGAGGGCGUACCAAUUGAACUUCAUACAGAUGCAAGUGAUGCUGAUCCAACUAUCACUCAUAUGAAUUGGAGACUGUGGCUGUUGUAAGAUCCAUAAAACCUUUAUGUAACUUUUUAUACGACAGAAAGCUCACUGUUGUCACAGACUGCAAUGCUUUGAAAACCUUUCGAUAUAUGCAAGAACUACUGCCACGUGUGCAUCGGUGGUGGCCUUUUCUGCAAAAUGUUAACUUUGAUGUCAAGUAUCGUAAAAGAGAAAGACUAAAACACGUCAAUUGUUUUAGUAAGAACCAUAUUACCCAGAAAACCCUUAACUUGACUUUGGAUAAAGACUGGUUAGUAAUGAAACAGUACAGAGAUCCUUUUUAAGUAGCCUAAUCAAUGAUAUCAAGAACAACGGCAAUAAAAACACUGAAUACUUAAUCAGAGACGAAGUUUUGUGCCAAAAAGUUAAGCUGGAGAAUGGAAGAACCAAGACUCUAAAAGCGGUACCACAAUGCUACCAAUGGAGUAUCAUAAAUAAUUACCACAAAGUUUUAAAACACUUUGGCUGGGAGAAAGCACUCGAAAAACUCAAAGAACACUUCUGGUCUGACAAAUUGAGCUCAAAAGUUCGCAGCUUCAUAGACAAUUGCGUGGUUUGUAAAACUAUGAAAAGUACUUCAGGCACAGCACAGACAAUUCACGUAGAUAUCUCUGGGAAAUUGAGUGGACCUGAAAAAGAAUACGUCUUUGUACGGUUGUUGCCUUUUCCAAAUUGUUUUAUUAAAGC